UGAAUAUUUGAGGUUAUUAAAAUCUAAUUUACAUUACUUCAAAACACGUUACGUUUAUGUCCAUCACAAACAGCGUUUUGGUUAUCUGACGCCACACGCAUGAAACACGAAGAUGUCUAGUUUGAAUACUCCGCAUCGGAAGGAACGGAUCUUACACGUGAUCGUGUUCACUGUAAUAACGUCUACUAAUAACUAGUGAGGGGGAAACAGGAUUAUCGGAAAAGAAAGUAGUACAGAAUAUUGCUCAUUUUUACUGUUUGGUACACUCUUUGUAGUGAAAAUACUAAGAAACUGUUAAUUAAAAUCGUAUUCUUUGUUUGCUAUACACGUCACGAGACAGCUUUGAUUGCAACAGGUUGACUCAGUGCUACCACUCCAUUCCUUCGCAUGUUAGAGGAGAAGUCAAGGAUAUCAGCUGUCUGAGGUUUUCUUCUUUCUGUUGCGGUUUGUGUAAUUCGUUAUCUGCUCUAUUCGGGACUGACGGUGAGUAAUGUGCACUAGAAAUUCAAAGGACUGCCAAUGGAAAACCCACAACCAAAGCUGCGCAUCAUCACAUAUAUGUGUCCUAGUCAUCCAGUGGAGCUGUAUGAGUUGAUCUUGCAGUAUCUAGAGGAAGAAACUGGCUGUGAGGCUUCACUUCUAUAUGAGUCCAGAAGUCCAGGGCAACUUUCUGAUAGACUGGAUCCAUUCACAGAUGACUCUGCAGAUAUCGGUUUCUCAACUGCAUCAGCUUAUGUGAAGUUACUUGACACACAGAAUAAAUAUGUUGAAUUGCUACCAGUCACAGCUGUAUUUGAUCAUCCCAAGAAAACUGAAGGAGUUAAGGGAUAUUAUUCUGAUGUCAUUAUUCAUGUUGAUGGAAGAAAACGUGUAAAGGAGUUUUUGGAUCUCCGUGGCUGCAGGUUGGCAUACAGUGAUGAGGACUCACUAAGUGCAAGCAAAGUGAUCUUGAAAACUCUUAAAGAACUGGGUGAAAAUGCCUCAUUCUUUGGCGAUACUUUGAGAUCCGGAUCACACCUCAAUUCUAUCCACAUGGUGCUCACAAAGCAAGCGGAGGCAGCAGCAGUAGAUGCAAAUACUCUAGCCUACAAUAAAAAGUACCUGCAAGAUGGAGGAAAGGAUAUACAAGUGUUGGAGAGUAUUGGUCCACUUCCUCCAUAUCCUAUCAUUGUCAAUAAUAGAAUUGAUGGUGAGCAUAAAGGUUGUUUGCAGUGUUAUUUUAAGAAGCUACGAAGCCCAGACAAUCUGCAAAGCAGAACUACCUGCACUGACAAGUUACUAACUCCAUGGUACAGAGUCUUCCUUUCAAAAGUAGACAUUCAGCUCGUCAAGAAAUUCUUUACUGCUAUGGAAGGCAUUUCAUCACUGUCCACAAAAGACCACCCACCACUGGAUCCAAUCCUGAGCCAGUUAAAUCCUGUUUCUCCAACAUCCACUUUAAUAUUAUUCUCCCAUCAAACCUACAUCUUGCAACUGGUGUUUGACAAUUUAUAACUACAAUUAUGUAUUUCCCAUUUUUCCUAAUGUUCUUUUUGUUUAGCUCAUUGCAUUCUUGUUUUAAUUACCCCAGUGACAGUAAAACAUGAAUAAAAAUUAUGAAGAUCCUCAUUA